UAUUUUACCUGUACUUCAAUAUUUUAUGUUUUCUGUAUGUCUUUCGUCGAGAAUACGGUGUAUUUCGUCGCCAGAAUCGGUCACUUCUUGUCCUUGAUUUCACAUUAUUCCCGUCAUUUUUGUCCCUGCGCGUGGUCUCGCGUGAUUUUCGGGAAUCGUACUCACCGAUGAAGCGAGUAUGUUGAGAGUUUAUGUUCAGAUGAAGAAGAUAAGAUUGUUGAAUGAAGAAGCCAAAAUGAUGCCUAUCAACACUGUCCCUAUCAAUGUUGUGUCUUCCUAACCAGAUGCGAUAUUUUUCAGUAAAGUAUUGAACUAUCGCGUAACCCGCCAUACUAUCGCCAUAACCGUGAAUUCAACCAUGGGCAUGGCAACGAAAACGAUAUUCCUCGAUCGCUAAGUAUCGGGAUUUUUUCGUGUUUGGUUUUUUCAGUUAUUCUGUUCCUAUGCGAGCUCAUUUAGUCACUUGAAUGUGGGACGAUGACUAGCCUCCGCACCCUGCAAAUCAUGCACGCCAUUUAGAAGCAAAAGUCGGAUUUUUCCAACAAUACAAAAGCACUGGCGCUGGUCUUUCAACUCCAGCCAAAUUAGCAUUCUAGUUUACAUGGAGCUCAGUGUUCUAACCUCAACUAAAAUUUGGAUAACAGCUAUUGGUGGAAUUUUAGUUUUCAAAUUGCUGAAUGUUCAACCUCGUACUUGCAUGCCUGAAUGUAUUAAUUGAUACGCGGAUUCCAGUCUUUCUUGAAAGAAUUAGGAAACUGCCCGCGUACGUGCGAAGUCAAUAAAAAAAAUGAAUUGAAAUUCAGAAGUUAGAUAUUUGUUACCAAGUUAUGCAAGUGUUAUGCUGCAUGAAAUCCGCGCGUAUAUAUUGACCAAUACUUUGUGUGGUGCUGCACACCUUUCGGAACAUAGUUUGGUGUAUGAAUUAAACAUGCAUGUUCUCAAGCAUUAACAUGGAUGACGAGAAUUUUCAUAUUAUAAUUUCGGAAUAGGGAAUUUUACUUGCAAGAGAACGCGGAAAUUUUUUUCUAUAGUCAGCCUGUCGACAUGUUUAUAUACGUGCGCGUGCACAUGAUUUAUGCCAAAUGUUUUGACACAUGCGAAACGGACCUUUGCUCCACUGCGUUUGACCGAACCAAACUCUUAGUUAUGAUAUCCGGAUCAGGACAACAACUACGAACAAAUAUCAUACGAAGAAAAACCAAUGUGUAGAUGCAUUCUGCAGAAUUAUAAAAAGCAGCUAUCCAGUUGUAACAGAACGCCAAUGGAUUACCCCAAUUUACACAACUUUCGUUGGUAUCACAGUGACAUCAACGGAGCCAAUACGGAAAAGUUAUUACAAGGCAAACUACCUGGGACGUAUUUGGUUCGGGACGACUGGAGUCCAACUGAUAAUGCGGUCUUGUGUGUGCGAGAAAACGAUAAAGUAAGCCAGUACAGGAUUAAAAACGAGGGUGAUCAUUACAACUUUGGGGGGAAAACAUUUGCAGACAUUCCGUCGAUAAUAAAAUUUUACAAAAGCCAUUUGCUUCAUACAACAACUCUGACGGAUGCUGUUGAACAAGAAUGGAAAGUUGUUGCUUGUUUUAAUUUUGAUGGAAAGGAUCCCGACGACCUGUCAUUCCAAAAAGGGGAAGUUUUAACAAUCGUCAGCAAAGAUGAGGAAUCCUGGUGGACAGCGGAGAAUAAAUAUGGACAACGAGGGUCAAUACCUGUUCCUUUUGUACGAUUUGUUCAUUGUUCGUAAAAAAACAAAAAACGUAAAAUGUGCGAGUCACUGCGCAUGUGGGGAAACAAGGGCAGAUUUCGUUCUAAGCCAAUCAGCGCGUUUGUUGACAUUUUUGCUCUCCGCCAAUCAGAAUGCUUGAAAAUAAAAAUUGUAAACAAAAGGAGCGAGAAAAUAUUGCCGUAUUCUAAGGCAUCCGUGAGCCAGAAUAUUUACUUUUUAUAUUCGAAACCGAAAGAAUGCAAUAAAACAUAAAUAUAUCUUGAAUUUUGCCGUGGGGUUUUUUAAAUUUCAAAACAUAACGUGAAAUAUCGACGUUUGAAUUACUGCAA